AUGGCAACUGAAGCCAAGGAAGUAUAUCGAUUGGCCUGCCCAGAAGCCAGCAACUGCCCCGACAUGCACAUCUCGUACGGAUUGCCAUUCACCGAGUCCUGCGCCAAACACGCAGAGAAAACCUUCCAAGCGAAGCGGGUGUACAUUAUCGCCUCUACAAGUCUGUCCAAGCAGACUUCGCUGGUCUCAGACCUGGAGCGAGCCCUCGGAGACCGACACGCAAAGACUUGGAUUGGGAUUCGCCCUCACACUCCCUGGGAUGACCUGGUCCCUAUCAUCAACGACAUCCGCAAGGUGGAGCCAGAUCUCCUGGUUACCCUUGGUGGAGGGUCUCUGUCUGAUGGAGCAAAGGUGAUUGUUUACGCUGUGGUUAAUGGAGUUCAAACGGUCGACGACUUGGACCGUCUCUACCAGGCCAGGGCUGCAGAUGGCACUCCGAUGCGAGACAGGACUGGUGUGGGCAACGAGCCUACUUUGCCUAUCCUCUUCAUCCCGACCACGCUAUCAGCUGGCGAGUUCUCCUGCUAUGGGGGAUCCACCAACCCGGUCACCCUUCACAAGCGUAUUAUGAAGCAUCCCAAGAUGUUCGCACGGCUGGUCAUUCUGGAUCCUCGUCUGACCCUCACAACGCCGCAGUGGGUUUGGAUCUCCACAGGCGUCCGGGCUAUCGACCACUGUGUUGAGGCACUGUGCUCAAACGAUCCUCUAUCGAAAGAACUGCUCCAAAUUGCAGAGCGAUCCCUCGCCACGCUGGCAAAAAAACUCCUGCUCACAGUGAAAGACCCAUCACAGCUGCAGCCACGACUGGAUUGUGCAAUUGCCGCAGGUGACAUUGCAGGCAAUCUCCUUCUGGCCCCGCAAGUUUCCGUCGGCGCGAGUCAUGGAAUUGGACACCAGCUUGGACCGCUAGGGGUAGGCCAUGGUCAAACCAGCUGUGUGAUGUUACCAGCCGUUCUUCGCUUCAACAGAUUGCAUUCGCCGCCGGAUAGUGACCAGGUAGAGAAGCAGGACCGAGUCAAACGAGCUAUCUGGGGCAGUGACCCUACGCUUGAACGGAUCCUGACGAGCGAAGGUGGAUUGGAUAGAGACUCGGCCGAUGCGAGCACGACUGUCCGUGGGCUAUUUAAUGCAUUGGAUAUGCCGAGUACACUCAAGGCUGUUGGUGUGGAUCGAAGUCACUUUGAUGCUCUUGCUGUGAAUAGCUUGGAUGAUGUUUGCACUGCUGCUAAUCCUGUGUCCUUGAAGAAGGAGGAUAUUGUGGAGAUUCUGGAGAACGUGGCUGAAUGA